AUGUUUCCGGAUGAGAUCGUCGCGCAAUUGACGGCUGAAUUCACAUGUCGCGACCAACAAAUACGGCAUCUGGCUGCCCUCUAUAGCGCGCAUCUUCCAUCACCACCCUUUCUGAACAUCCACGGUCUUACUGCAACUGGCAAAUCGUCGGUAUUGCGCUCCUUAUUCCAUCUUUCUCGCAUACAACACACGAUCAUCAAUGUUCGCGAGUGCAUAACCGCACGGCAUCUCCUGGAGCGCAUUGUCGUAGCCAGUCUGGAUGCGCUCGAUGUGUUCAACGACGAGAAGAUCGAUAGACGACCUUACGCGCGUACGGAGAACCUAAGCGCGCUAUGUGUCAACAUGGAAAAGCUGUUGGAGGGUAGGAACAAGUUCGUGCUGGUGCUAGACGCGGUGGACAAGUUAAGAGAAGGGGGUGGGACAUUGAUUGCUGCGCUAGCAAGACUGGGAGAGAUGAUACCAAACCUUUCCCUUAUACUCACAACAACCCUGCCGCUCACCCCCUCUGUACUCCACUCGUCAUCGGCAACCUUUUUACACUUCCCAACCUACGCACGCAACGAACUCCUCACAAUCCUCGGCGCCAACUCGCCCAAAAUCUUCCUGGAGCCUCCCUCGCUAGAACAAUUCCCGGACUACACACCCGAUCUUGCCGCCGAAGAUGACGCCUGGCUAUGGGGUCGUUUCCUACAAGCAGUCUACGACUCCCUUGCAAAGCACACCGGGCGAGACCUCAUCAGCUUCAAGAGCUGCGCAAUGCGACUUUGGCGUCCGUUCGUUGAGCCAGUGGUGUCGGGGCAAUUCGGUACGAGGGAUUUCUCGCGCUUGAUGGUAAACAGACGGCAUCUCUUCCAGCUCGAAGACUCAGUGCUAGAUCGAAUCAUUGCGGAUACCGCCGAACCCACAAAGGACGCGGCAGCUGCAGGCGUCUUACCAGCGACGCCCAGCAAGAAGAAGCUAGCAAACAUGACGGCCCACAGCCUUCCAUACUUUACGACACACAUCCUCAUCGCUGCGUACCUAGCCUCCUACAAUCCCUCGCGCACCGACGUUACAUACUUCAUGAAGCAUACCGAUAAGCGGAAGAACAAGCGACGCGCACCGAGCGCUGCUUCUUUCAGCGUCACAGGGAAGCGGACGGGAGCUAAGCAUCGAAAGAUUAGUCGACAUUUGUUGACGCCUAGUCCAUUCACGUUGGACAGGCUGCUUGCAAUCUUCCGAGCAUUGCUUGACGGAACAGUACCACAGGUGGCG